UUGCAAGGCAUGCAAUCUCUGUCACAUACCAGCUAGCAUAGCAACCGCACGGAUCUACUGAGAUCAGAAGUUUGUCCUCGGCUACGCGGAUCGCAGUCAUAUUUCAUUUAAUGUUAGUUGUUCUGGUGUAACCGCGCUGUUGUCUAUAGAAAUAUAGAUCUACCACAUCGGAGUGAGCAGGAUGGAGUGGCAGCCAGAUGAACAGGGUCUGCAGCAAGUGCUUCAGCUGCUCAAGGAUUCCCAGUCCCCAGACACAGCAACGCAGAGAGCUGUGCAAGAAAAACUGGAGCAGCUUAACCAGUUUCCAGAUUUCAACAACUAUCUCAUCUUUGUCCUCACAAGCCUCAAAUCUGAGGACGAGCCCACUCGGUCUCUGAGCGGUCUGAUCCUGAAGAACAAUGUAAAAGCUCACUACCAGAACUUUCCCCCCAACGUGGCUGACUUCAUCAAACGAGAAUGCCUCAACAACAUCGGAGACCCUUCGCCGCUUAUAAGAGCCACGAUCGGCAUUCUGAUCACGACCAUAGCCUCCAAGGGAGAGCUGCAGACCUGGCCGGAGCUGUUGCCUCAGCUCUGUAAUUUGCUCAACUCGGAGGACUACAACACCUGCGAGGGUUCUUUUGGAGCACUACAAAAGAUUUGCGAGGAUUCAUCAGAGCUGUUGGAUAGCGAUGCUCUGAACAGACCUCUCAACAUCAUGAUCCCCAAAUUCCUCCAGUUUUUUAAACACUGCAGCCCCAAGAUCAGGUCCCAUGCUAUAGCGUGUGUGAACCAGUUUAUCAUUGGCCGAGCUCAGGCUCUGAUGGAUAACAUUGAUACCUUCAUUGAGAGUCUGUUUGCACUGGCUGGUGAUGAGGACAGUGAAGUGCGGAAGAAUGUUUGCAGGGCUCUUGUCAUGCUGCUGGAAGUCCGUAUUGACCGCCUCAUCCCACACAUGCACAGCAUCAUACAGUAUAUGCUGCAGCGGACCCAGGACCCAGAUGAGAAUGUGGCUCUGGAGGCCUGUGAGUUCUGGUUGACUCUGGCUGAACAGCCCAUCUGCAAAGAAGCCCUGUCCGGCCACUUAGUCCAACUGAUCCCUAUCUUAGUGAAUGGGAUGAAAUACUCUGAGAUUGACAUUAUUCUUUUAAAGGGUGAUGUUGAAGAAGAUGAAACAAUUCCAGACAGCGAGCAAGACAUCAAGCCUCGCUUCCACAAGUCCCGCACUGUCACUCUGCAGCACGAAGGAGGAGAGGGUGAGGAGGGGGAGGACAUCGAUGAAGACGAGGAUGACGAUGAUGAUACGUUGUCUGACUGGAACUUACGAAAGUGUUCGGCUGCUGCUCUGGACGUUCUUGCCAAUGUGUUUCGUGAGGAGUUGCUGCCCCAUCUGCUACCCCUGCUCAAAGGCCUGCUUUUCCAUCCUGACUGGGUCAUCAAGGAGUCUGGCAUCUUAGUGCUGGGAGCUAUCGCCGAGGGCUGUAUGCAGGGCAUGGUACCUUACUUGCCUGAGCUAAUCCCCCACCUCAUCCAGUGCUUAUGUGACAAGAAGGCCUUGGUCCGCUCCAUUGCGUGCUGGACCCUCAGUCGCUAUGCCCACUGGGUGGUCAGUCAGCCCCCUGAUGCUCACCUCAAACCCCUCAUGACUGAGCUGCUCAAGCGCAUCCUGGAUGGCAACAAAAGAGUGCAGGAGGCAGCAUGCAGCGCGUUUGCCACGCUGGAGGAGGAGGCAUGUACAGAGCUGGUGCCGUACCUGAGCUUCAUUCUCGACACACUGGUUUUUGCUUUUGGGAAGUACCAGCACAAGAACCUGCUUAUUCUCUAUGAUGCCAUAGGAACACUGGCAGACUCUGUGGGACACCAUCUCAACCAGCCCGAAUACAUACAGAAGCUGAUGCCUCCGCUCAUAGCAAAAUGGAACGAGCUUAAGGACGAGGACAAAGAUCUCUUCCCUCUGCUCGAGUGUCUGUCAUCUGUUGCCACAGCUCUGCAAAGUGGCUUCCUCCCUUACUGUGAGCCGGUCUACCAGCGCUGCGUCACCCUGGUGCAGAAGACACUGGCUCAGGCUAUGAUGUAUAGUCAGCAGCCAGACCAGUAUGAAGCACCCGACAAGGACUUCAUGAUUGUGGCCUUGGAUCUUUUAAGCGGCUUGGCUGAGGGACUUGGGGGUCAUGUCGACACACUUGUGGCCCGCAGUAACAUCAUGACACUGCUUUUCCAGUGCAUGCAGGAUACGAUGCCUGAAGUUAGGCAGAGUUCAUUUGCUCUGCUGGGCGACUUGACCAAGGCUUGCUUCCCUCAUGUAAAGCCGUGUAUUGCUGAAUUCAUGCCAAUCCUCGGAACAAAUCUGAACCCAGAGUUCAUCUCUGUGUGCAACAAUGCGACCUGGGCCAUAGGAGAGAUCUGUAUGCAGAUGGGAGUGGAGAUGCAGCCGUACAUUGCUAUGGUUCUGAACCAGCUGGUUGAGAUUAUUAAUCGACCCAACACCCCGAAAACCUUGUUGGAGAAUACCGCAAUCACCAUUGGCCGACUGGGCUACGUGUGUCCUCAGGAGGUUGCUCCUAUGCUACCGCAGUUUAUCCGACCCUGGUGUACAUCUCUGCGGAACAUCCGAGACAACGAGGAGAAAGACUCGGCCUUCCGCGGGAUUUGCAUGAUGAUUGGUGUGAAUCCAGGAGGUGUGGUGCAGGACUUCAUCUUCUUCUGUGAUGCAGUGGCCUCCUGGGUGAAUCCUAAAGACGACCUGAGAGACAUGUUUUACAAGAUCCUGCAUGGUUUUAAGGAGCAAGUUGGGGAGGAGAACUGGCAGCAGUUUUCAGAGCAGUUCCCCCCACUGCUGAAGGAGAGACUGGCAGCCUGUUACGGCGUUUAGGUUCUCUACAGCCACCCAAGAGGUGAGCCAGCAGGAGGAGGGUGAAUGGGAAACUCAUCCAUCUGUGUAUUGCACUGCCCUGAUCUGGGGGGAGGGAGAGGGACGCUAUUGGCCGCUCCCCCUGAUGGACGGCCCCCACGCCCUAUGUGUUUGUCCAUAGAGGGAGGGUGGGCGGGUGGGAGGGAGGGACAGGGGGACACCUCUAGAUUAACUAGGCAGGGACCCGACACAGAAAAACUAACUGGUAGGGACAGAUGGUGAGGGACAGAGCGAAGGACGACGGAGAAGAGACGAAGGAAGUUGAGAAAGAGACGAGCACAGAGAAAGUUCAGGGGAAGAGAGGGAGGGAAAAUCAAUAACAAGGCAGGGAAAUGAGCUACAGAAAGGUCUGUUACUUGGCUGGGAGGACAGGGACAGUUGAGAUUUUUAUGGGAUUCUUAACUCAAGAGAGUAACCGUUAGGUUUGACCGACAGACAGACCAAGACUCACACACAUAAACUUGCACAUGCUGUACAUGCAGUACAUGGCACAGACUGCGGGUGGCACUAUUUAGACUUUUUGAGACCUACUACAUGUAGUUAGGGACAGGCAGACAGGUGUCAAAACUCUGUUCAUUUUCUGGGUGAUAUGUUUAUUUUUCCGGGGAAUAGGAUUCAACAUGAAUUACUUCAUCUGUAGUCACUGAAUUCUAAUUAACUGUAAGAUAAUCUCGCUAUCCUCAUCUAUGUUUCCUACCUUCAUUCUGACCAGAGUGCUGCUUCACAGAGCUAUCCAUCUAUCACACAUAUUCCUGUCGCAUUUUCUACCUGAUCAAACCAGAGAGAGUGACAAAGAGGGGAGGGAAAAAAGAGCAAGUGUCUUUUCCUCGUGGCUUCACAGAAACCAUUCCUCUAGGAAGGGAGGAUUAGGGCUAACACAUUUGUUUUCUCACCACAGGGGGAGGAAAUCGUACAAAGAAAAAUCACAUCCUUUAGUUGUCUCUGCGGUUUUUGUGUGCGUGAAUGUGCUCGCGAGUGUGCAUGUGCAAGUUUGCAAAUCCUUACUUCGGCAUUCUGUGUUAACAGUGUGUGAAAUAUGUAUUGUUUUUGAUAUGGUACCGAGCUAAAACUUGACUCCCACCGCAAUGUCCUUGGCACCUGUUAACUGUGACCAAGUGUUUGUGUGUUUGUGCGUGCGUGUGAGUGUGUAUGUGCUUGUCUACAUUCGUACUGAUUUCCAUUUGAUGCCAUAUCGAUAUCUUAAGUAAAACAGUGAUUGGCAAUGUCAUUGUGAUCUUUAUAAUGUUUUAAAACAACUGGUCCAUAUUAUUAUUUUUUUUUGCUGCUACUGAUGAUUUUUGUUUCUAUAGUGGACUUAAAUUCACACACUUAACACAAAAAAUUUAAUUAAUGCUAUUUUCAGUGACUGUUAAGUUGUUUUUUGCACUUUUUAUUUUACCUUUUUCUUUUUUGUACGGACUUUUUUUUUUUUAACCUCACCCAUAUGAUAUGUCUUGACCCUAAUGUCAGUGUUUGUCAUACUGUGUUGCACUGUGAAAUUAAGUGUCUAUGACUGGCAAAAAUAUCCCAAUACUAAAUGGCAAAUAAAAACAACUUUGUGAAACUGCGACUAAUCCGCACUUUUACAAUGACUAACCUUGCCAUAUUACUGAGGUGAGUGUGUGUGUAUGUGUGUGAGAUCCUGCAUGAGUAGGCGAGCAUGAGUACCUUUUUAUGAGCAUGUUUUGGGUAGCUAGAUGGUGUUCAUACGAUAUGUGCACUGUAGGGAGUAAGAAUAAUUUUUCGUUUGAAGGGUUGUAGCCUGCCCCAGCCUACUUUGUGCGCAUGCUCUGUGUUUGUGUUUUCACUCCGUGUGCGACUGUGUGUGUGCAGUAGUGUAUGUUUGAUGUGUAUUUCAGAACAUGGAUGGAUUAUAACACAAUGGGCCACCGGGCACAGAUGUCCUGCAGAGGAGUGAGACACCCAGACUGAAAAUCACAAAGGCAUUAUUUGUGGUGGUAUUGCACAUGUUUUGUGUUUCUGUGGUCAUUUUUUUUGUCUAACUUUGAUCAUUUUGUGUACCAUUUUAGUUAUUUUGCAUCUCUUUUUAGCCAUUCGGUGUCCCUUCUAUUUUUUUUUUUAAAUGGUUCAUUGUGAUUUUUAAACAAUUCUGUCUCGUUGAGGUCAUUUUGUGUCUUAUUUAACAUCUAUUUCUAGCCCUUUUGUACCUCUUUGUGGUCAUUUUGCAUCACAUACUAGUUGUAUUUUGACCAAUUUCGGUUCAUUUAGGUUGUUUUGCAUCUCUUUUCAGCCAUUCUGUGUCACUUUUGGGGUUUUUUUGUGGCUCAUAACUGUUGGAGGUCAUUUUGUGUCUCAUUUUCGUAAUUUUGUAUCACCUUUUGCACUUCUUUUUAGCCGUUUAGUCUCUUUGAGGUCAUUUUGUGUUACAUUCGCGAUAUUUCUGACCAUUUUAUUUCAGCAGUUUUUAGCUGUUCGGUGUCAUUUUGUGGUCGUUUUGUUUCUCUUUCUAGUUGUAUUUCGUCCAGUUUUGGCCAUUUUGUGUCACAUUGUGUCUGUGUGUGUUUUGGUUCAUAGUUAUUUUGAAGCUCCUGGUAGCAUUGCUGUCAGUUUAAGGUCAUUUUAUGUCACAUUUGGAUUUUUUUUUCUCAUUUUUGUCAUUGUGUGUCUCAUUUCGAUUUUUUUGCAUCUAUUUUUAGCCAUUCUGUAUCUCUGUGGUCAUUUUGCAUCUCUUUGUAGUUAUUUUUUGUCAAUUUGUUGUCAUUUUGUGUCACAUUUUGGUUGUUUUGUUGUUAAUUAGUGUUUUGCAUCUCUUUGUGGCCUUUGUGUGUCUGGUCAUUUUGUAUCUUCUUGUAGCCAUUCCAUCUCCUCAAGUUCAUUUUGUGUCAGAUUUGGGUUUUUGUCACACUCAUUUUGAUACUUUUGCAUCUGUUAUUAUCCAUUAGUGUCUCAUUGUGGUAUUUUUUGCAUCUCUUUAUAGUUGUAGUAGUUGUUUUUGUCCACUUUUGGUCAUUUUGUGCCACAUUUUGGUUGUUUUAUAUUUCUUUUUAGCCAUUUUACAUCUGUUUUGUAGUUGUCCUUCAAAUCGCUGUGAUUGUUUUUGUCCUCUUUGGUCAUUUUUUGUGUCUCAUGUUGGUUGUUUCGUGUCUCUUUCUGCGAUAUGUAUUAUAAUUUUAGGAUGAAACCAGGGGCCCCCAGACUCCUUGGGCCCCUGCGUGUAUGCCCGGUCGGCCCACUGACUAAUCUGUCCAUGUUUCAGAGUAAUAUGAUUGCCCUUUACACACCAACACACCACCUCAAUUCACAACAAGAAUAGAGCACAGUACACUACAAAAAGUAAGAGCUAGGACACUGCCAAAGAGCAAUAGCCACUGAAAUUCAAAAGCAGACAAUAAGUAGAGACAAGCUGCUAUUUCAAUAUUCAAUAUGUGCAUAAUGCUGAUGUAGAAGCACAGACACAGCAGGGCUUUUAUGAUUAAUCAUGGUUAAGAUUUUGCCAGCAGAAUUGAUUCCAGGGAUCUAUAUUUUUACAUUGAUAAUCUGCCAGUGUUUUGCAGCUUGUUCUCAUUUGGAAACAGACAGAUGUUAGUACUUGAUUUGACCUAGACUGUGACCAUUUAGAUAAUCAAACCAAUCAUUAGUCAGAUAUGAGACAAUCCGAACCCCAGUCUAGUUCUAUUUCCACAGUCUCUUCAUUCAGAGCUUGUACAAGAAGAUGUUCUUGAUUGCUUGUUCAUCUUAGUGUUUUUUUUUUUUAAUUUACUUUAAGGAUGUUUUCAGUUUCAUGAACAAAUUUUUGUAUUGGGAAGGUCAGUGUACAUUUUCUUUGGAUGAUACUGUUGUAGUCUGCAUCAGCUAUGAAUACAAUGAAGGAAGAGACAAAUAACAGCUUUUUGAAAAAGAAGAAUAGUCUUUUUUUCUAAAUUAUGUUUAUAUAAUAAAAAGCAUGAUAUUGUUGCAAUUUGGCAGAAAGACUGGUACUUUUUUUGUGGAUUACUUUCGCCAGUCGUGUUCCCUUGUUUUCGCAGGUGGGAAUGGAAAUAAAAUGCUUUUGAGUCUAUGAUAUGAUUUAUAGUUUGUGUGUAAAGUCUCAUAAAAUCCAGCUGGAUUGUGGAUUCUUGAAAUAAAUCAUGUCCUGCAUGCUGAA